AUGGGUAAUGAAGUGACAAAAACGAGAAAGCCACAACCUGGUCAAUUUUAUGAUUCGGUUGAGGAAGUGGCAGAUGUGGAUAAGGAAGCGGCAUCUUUUAUACACCAGAAAACACAAAAGGCUUUUCAAAACAUGUUGCCUAAUAAUGAUAUUGAAAAAGUAAAGGAUAACAUAAAUGAAGUUAACCGAAAACAACUACAAGUAAAACAAAUACGAAAGAACAAUGAAAGCCACAAUUACAACCAAGUACCAAUAAAAAAAGGGAUGAAAGGAGAUAAAUUAAUGGUGGCGGGUUCUGAUGAAUCAUUAGAAUUGUUAGAAAUUAAAAAAUGGUGA